CUUUUCCGUCCUCUUUUCUUGCUGCUCGCUGUGCCGGCCGCGCGCUCCCGUGCGCCCCCCGUAGCCAUGCCUCGCAAAAUCGAGGAAAUCAAGGACUUUUUGCUCACGGCCAGGCGAAAGGAUGCCAAAUCCGUCAAGAUCAAGAAAAAUAAGGAUAACGUGAAGUUUAAAGUUCGGUGCAGCAGAUACCUUUACACCUUGGUCAUCACGGACAAGGAGAAGGCAGAGAAGCUGAAGCAGUCCUUGCCCCCAGGUUUGGCAGUGAAGGAGCUGAAGUGAACCUGGCCCACUGAUUUGAACUGUAUUAAAGUUUUAAAAAUUCAAAAAAAAUAAAAAAUAAAAAAUAAAAAAAA